UCAGGGCUUCUGCUGGGCAGGGCCAGCGGCUAAUCCUACAGGCGGACAGCGGGGCGGGGGACAGGGGCCUUAUAGGUGGAGUCGACGGCUGCGAAACGCCGUGCGCAGGGGAGAGGGCGGCGGCCCAAGGAGUGCCCCCCUGGAGCGUUCUUAAAGAAACGGAGACCUAAGCGACCGGCGAGGAGGGGCCGCCCGCUGUUGGGGACGCGCCCGGAGCCCCACCCUCGGCCCGAGGAAAAGCCCCUUGGGUGAGAGGCGGAAGCUGCAGAGAAACGCAGAAGAAAAACGCUUCUGCCCGCGCUCCGGCUCCCGCGCGCCGCACUCCCGCAGCCCUUCGCCCCGCGCGCACACCUGCGGCGGCCCUUCGCCCCUCGCCCUUUCGCACCCUCGCCGGCCACCAGCUCCCCAAUUCCUCCCAUGGACGCCGCGCGCCCCCACUGCGCCCGGAGCCGAGCCCUCUGCUGGCCGCUGCUGCUGACGCUCGCGCUCUUAACAUUUGCCUGUGAUGCCUGUAAACAGGUGACUCUACAUAUUCCAUAUGAACUAGAUGCUGAAAAACUUGUUGGUAGAGUUAACCUGAAGGACUGUUUUACAUCUGCAAAUCUAAUUCAAUCAAGUGAUCCAGAUUUCCAAAUCCUGGAAGAUGGCUCUGUCUAUACAACACAUGCUGUUCUUUCAUCCUCAGACAAGAGAAAUUUUACCAUAUUACUCUCCAACACUGAGAACCAUGAGCAGAAGCAAAUACUCGUCCUUUUAGAGAUCAAAACAAUGGUACUGAAGCAAAGUCAUCCUACAGAAAAAGUUCUGAAACGUGCCAAGAGGAGAUGGGCUCCUAUUCCUUGUUCAAUGCUAGAGAAUUCCUUGGGUCCUUUCCCACUCUUUCUUCAGCAGGUUCAAUCUGACACAGCACAAAACUACACCAUAUACUACUCUAUAAGUGGACCAGGAGUUGACAUAGAACCUAAAAAUUUGUUUUAUGUAGAAAGAGACACUGGAAAUCUGUAUUGUACUCGUUCUGUAGAUCGUGAGCAGUAUGAGUCUUUUAAGCUCACUGCCUUUGCAACAACUCCAGAUGGAUAUACUCCAGAGGCACCACUCACCCUACUAAUCAAAAUUGAGGAUGAAAAUGAUAACUACCCAAUAUUUACAGAAGAAAUAUUUACUUUUAAAGUUCAUGAAAAUUGCAGAGUUGGUACUACCGUGGGACAGGUGUGUGCCACUGACAAAGACGAACCGGAUACAUUGCACACACGCCUGAAAUACAGCAUCGUUGAACAGAUCCCAGCGGCGCCCAGGCUGUUCACAAUGCAUCCAGUAACUGGAGUGAUCACCACCAUGUCAUCUCAGUUAGACAGAGAGGUGAUUGAUAAAUACCAUUUAAAGAUAAAAGUACAAGACAUGGAUGGCCAGUAUUUUGGAUUGCAGACCACUUCAGCUUGUGUUAUUCAUAUCGAAGAUGUUAAUGAUAACUUGCCAACAUUCACACAAUCUUCUUAUGUGACAUCAGUGGACGAAAAUACAGUUAAUAUUGAAAUCUUACGUGUUUCUGUUGAAGAUAAGGAUUUAAUCAAUACUCCUAAUUGGAGAGCUAAUUAUACCAUUUUAAAGGGCAAUGAAAAUGGAAAUUUUAAAAUUGUAACAGAUCCCCAAACCAAUGAGGGAAUUCUAUGUGUGAUUAAGCCACUGAAUUAUGAAGAGAGACAGCAGGUGAGCCUGCAAAUUGGUGUAGUUAAUGAAGCUCCAUAUUCGAAAGAGACUGGAUCGAGACCACCCAUGAAUACAGCAACGGUUACCAUUAAUGUUAGAGACCAGGAUGAGGGUCCUGAGUGCGUUCCCCCCCUGCAAACCACUCGAAUCAAAGAAAAUUCCCCAGCAGGAACAAGAAGCAAUGGAUAUAGAGCAUAUGAUCCAGAAACAAAAAGUAGCAAUGACAUAAGGUAUAAGAAAUUAACUGAUCCUAAAGGGUGGGUCACUGUGGAAGAAAAUUCAGGAUUAAUUACAGUUUUCAGAACUCUGGAUAGGGAGGCUGAGAAUAUAAGAAAUGGUAUAUAUAAUAUUACAAUCCUGGCAUCAGAUAAAGAUGGACGGUCAUGUACUGGGACAUUGGGAAUUAUACUUGAAGAUGUGAAUGAUAAUGGCCCAUUCAUACCUAAACAGACGGUGAUAAUCUGCAAACCUGUGAUGUCAAGUGCAGAGAUUGUAGCUGUCGAUCCAGAUGAUAUCUCAAAUGGUCCACCCUUUGAUUUUAGCUUGGAGGGUAUUUCUAAUACUGAAACAGCAAGAAUGUGGAGACUGACAAGAAUUAAUGAUACAGCAGCACGCCUUUCCUUAGAAAGAAGAGAUGCCCCAUUUGGAUCAUAUCGAGUACCUAUCAGAGUAACAGAUAGACAUGGCCAGUCACGGGUGACUGCAGUAAACGUGUUAUUGUGUGACUGUGUGACCGAAAAUGACUGCACUAUUCGCUCAGAUGCAAGGACAGGCAGUGGAGAAAUACGACUUGGAAAGUGGGCCAUCCUUGCAAUACUGUUGGGCAUAGCGUUGCUAUUUUGUAUCCUAUUUACCUUAGUCUGUGGCGCUACUCGGACAGCUGAAAAGCCAAAAGUAUUUCCAGAUGACGUAGCCCAGCAGAACCUCAUUGUUUCUAAUACUGAAGCUCCUGGUGAUGACAAAGUGUUUUCAGCAAAUGGCUUCACAUGUACAACCCAUACUUCUGGCAGUUCAGCUCAUGGAAUGGGUGGCACCUCGGGAGGAGGAGUGAAAAAUGGACAGGAGAUCAUUGAAAUGGUGAAAGGAGGACAUCAGACCCUUGAAUCCUGCCAGGGGGCUGGGCAUCAUCACACCCUGGAUUCCUGCAGGGUAGGGGGGCAGCACACCCUGGAUUCCUGCAGGGGUGGACACGUGGAGAUUGACAACUGCAGAUACAAUUACUCCGAGUGGCACAAUUUCACUCAGCCUCGUCUUGGUGAAAAGGUGCAGUUCUGUGAUCAGGAUGACAGUCAUCAGCUUGCUCAAGAUUAUGUGCUCAAGUACAGCUACGAAGGAGGAGGGUCUGUCGCAGGUUCUGUAGGUUGUUGCAGUGAACGACAAGAAGAAGAGGGACUUGAGUUUUUGGAUCAUUUGGAACCCAAAUUUAGGACACUAGCACAAGUAUGCAUGAACAGAUGAGUGCGUACUAGGAUAAGUCUACAAAAACAAGUGGCAUUAUUGCCUUCUCUUUUUCUUAAAUAACAAACUGGUGUUUUUUGUUUUGUUUUUUAAAGAAGAUAUUAUAUAUAUAGAGAUCUCCCCACUGUAAAUUUCAUAAAAUCUCUUUACUCAAUGUGGACUUACAGAGAGAUUCUGUAAUGAGUACACAACUUACUCAAUGUUUACCUAGUUUUUAACAACUUGCCUUUCACUAAAGGAAAUCUACAAAUAGAAAAUUAGGGAAGUCUGCAUUAUUGUUUACACCAAGCAUGAUGACAAAUGGCAUUUAUAAUGCAAUGAAAUGCAUUCAUUUGAGCCUAUCUUACAGAUAACUUAAAGUGCAACCCAUUAGAAAAUUUUAGAUUUUUAACAUGCUUCCACAUUAUUGCCAGUUACCUAAUCAAUUGAAGUGGUGCUUGAAAACUGUUAUUCUUAUAAACAUUCUAAGGUAUUCAAAUUGAAUUAUUGCUAUUGCCAUGUUCUUAUAACAUGAAUUUUAUUCAUAAUACAAAAACCAAUAUUGUCAAUCUUAAUUAUAUUGCCUAUUUUUACUGUUCCAUUUGAGCAAGUUUAGUUUCUAGGUUGUAUUCUGUAUUAAGUCCUGCACUGAAUCUGUAUUUCCUCUGUUAACUCUCUUGACAGUGAAAUUUAGUAUUAAAUAAUACCUUAAGGUAGUGUUAUUCCUGCAAAGCUUUAGGUUUUAGUAUCUCCCUUUCUUUCUUCCAUCCCCAUUUUCUUUUCCCUUCUUCGUCAUAUCUCUCCCUUUCAUUUUCACCAUCAACUCCCUCCUUUUUCUUUUCUUUUUCUUUUAACAUUCCUGUUUAGAUUUGGGACUCUAAAUAAUUUUUAUACAGAAAUGUUCUGAUUCUUCCUUAAAGUGAGUUAUUCUUUUUUUUUUUGCACAGGUAUUCCUAGCUGUCCAUAAGAUCAUUGUAAUGUUGACAUUUUAUUUCAAAUAUUGUGGUAAUUCCUUUCUAUCCUCAGUAUAAGCUUGCCUUUGUAACGUAGAAAUACGUUAUGAUUUUUAUUAGACAAAACACUUCAUUAGAAAAAGGAAUAGUGAACUGAAGUUGAGGUCAAGAUAUUUACUACAUAGCAUAUUCAUAGAUAAUGUCUUUAAUGUAGGUGUAAGGUUUAUAGGUGCAAAAUUAUAGUGGUCUUUUAAAAAUUAGCUUGGAAAUACAGGGAAUUAGAAGUGUUUUAGAAGUAACUAUUGUGUGACUUUUAAUAUGAAAUAUGACUAGUCAUGUAUGUGUAUCACUGUAGCACUGACUGACCUCCCAUUGUUCAUCAAUUUGCUCGAGCAGUCCCAGUAAGUCAUAGUUACUUUUUAAGAUUAUAUAUUUAACAGAUACAUAAGUGAGCCUAACUUAAAUUUUUGAAAUAAUAGACACAAUUUAUGCAAACCAAAUUCAAUCCCUUAUAGUUAAAUUCAGUCAAUGAAUUUUAUUUUCUAUGCGUACAAAUACACUAAUAUUUAUUGUUAAUAAUGUGCCUAUGUUAAAUUCACAGGUUGACUUGUAACAAUUAUCAAGAAUUAGAAUUGGGAAAUUAAUGAAGUUUAUAUUUUCAUAGUGUCAUUACUGUUCAAAAAUACUAUUUAAAAGUUAUUUGUAAUACAUUUUGUACAGAAUUCUUGUAUAUUACUAGUUGUGAUAAAGGAAAUUAGUAGUUUUAAAGGUCUGUUUAUUGAAAAUGCGCCUAAUAUCAGUUAAUGGGAUUAUGUUUUUUAACUCAAAGGAUUGAGUCUCAUCUUUAGAAUCUUGUCCUAAAUAUUUUAGAAUUUUCAAAUUUGACUUGGAGAGUUUAUUUAACCAUUGCUAUCACUACAUUUAUAUUCUAAAGACUGCAAAGCUGUGGGUUGGGAUAUUAGUUAAGUUACAUACUCUCUCUGUGUUUUAUUUUGCUUUGGUUUUUUCAUCAUAAAAUGGUUAAUAACAGCAAUUUUCAAGGUGGCUGUAAGACUUUUGAAUAAAAAUGGCUUAAGCUUGAAAGUUAUACAGUCAUAUACUCAAAAGAUACUUUUAGUAAGAAUAAAUAAUUUGGGGGACUGGAACAAUAGCACAGUGGGUAGGGCAUUUGCCUUCACGCAGCUGACCCGGGUUCGAUUCCCAGCAUCCCAUAUCAUUCCCUGAGUACCGCCAGGGGUAAUUCCUUGUGCAGAGCCAGGAGUUAACCCUGUGCAUUGCCGGGUGUGACCCCAAAAAAGCAAAAAAAUAAAUAAAUGAAUAAGUAAAUAAUUUGAACUAACCACACCUACAAUGCAUUUCCUAUUAGCAAAAAUCAAUUAUGGAAACAGGGUAAUGGAAAUGUGUUGCUAUAAAGUUGUCAAUUGACAGAAAUAUCUCUUCAUAAAACUUACCUGACAAUAGCCAAUCCAUUCGGGACUUAUAUCACAAAGAUUAUUAGAAGUGUUUAUUUAAAAUUUCCAUGAUUAAAACACUAUUACUUAAAACUUCAUUUAAAAUGGAUGGAAAGUAGAAUAUCUUAAAAAGGACACAAAUUCUAGGGUUGUUUAGGCUGAUAUAUGCUUCUGGUUUCUCCUGACAAAUCUUUUCUUACUGUUUUUCUCAACCGUUCUCUAGAGAAAUUUGUUUUAGACGGAAGCUAUCACCUACUUGGAAAUUUAAGGCUCUUUGAUAGUAGCUGUGGUAACCCUAAAUGCAGGUGCCAAAGAGUGUCUUGAUUCAAAUACCAAUUCCACACCUACUAGCUAAGUUAUUAAGAAAAUCACUUAAGCUGUGAAUCUGGUUUCCUCACUUGUGUUUUGUACAGAGGAUGGGAGGAAAUUGCUUUAUAAUUUUGUUGCCAUGAUCAAGAAAAUUAAUUCAUAAGCCCUGGCACAGAGUUGGCACUCAGUACACAUUAGCUACUACUAUUAUCUAAUGAGAAAAGAAUGUUUUAGUUGGGAAAAAUCACAUCUUUCCUCGACAUUCUCCUUUAUAGCUGGCAACUUGUUGUCAUGUUGCCAUUCAUUUUCCCAGAAGCCUGGCAUGCCUGUUGUUUUCUAGUACUUUACUCUUAUUAUACAAAAGACAAAUAUGUAUCACAUUGAAUCAGAGGCACCUGCAGUAGUGAAGAUGCAAAAAAGUUAUUGUUACAUUUCAGUGUGUAGAGCAUUUUAAUUAAUCACUUAAUCACUUAACUUCCCGUUAGUCGUCGAUUUGCUCGAGCGGGCGCCAGUAACGUCUCCAUUUGUCCCUGUUGCGUGCUAGUGUAGCCCAAUGGCAUCUCUUCGCUCCGGGAACAUGGAGGGCCUCAAACCGAUCGUUCAUGAUCUUGACAAAGAAGUCUGACCAUCUGGUAGGUGGGCGGCCACGCGGUCUCUUGACAUCCCGUGGAAUCCAAUCAGUAACAGCUCUAGUCCAACGGUCGUCUUUAAAUCUCAUUACGUGACCAGCCCAUCUGAUUUUCGACACCUUGGCAUAUGAGACAGCGUCCCUGAUCCUUGAUCGUCGACGGAUGUCAGAACUCCGGAUUCGUUCUCUCAUUUGAGUGAAACGUGAUAUUCCAAGCAUAGCUCUUUCUAUUCUAGAGCAUUUUAAUUACCGAAACUUAAAACUGAGGAUCCUCAGUUGCAAUCCCUUUGUUUAUAUAAUAUAUCCUAUUUAUUAUCUCAAAUUGCCAAACUUUCUGAAAAGUUUGAGCACAGUUUUAUUCAUGAAUUUAUAUUUUGUAGAGGUUUCUACUCUUCACACUGCACUCAUGUAAGGUUUUCCUGAUACAGGCUGUGCUGUUAGGAGAAUGUACAAGAUGAAUGCAUUCAUUUUUGCUGCCCACACAGUGCAGGUGUAGAUGUAAGAAUAGGAUCACCAAGUCAUACAGAACUUUUCACAUGGUACUACGUGGUAAAUACUCAAAACCCACUGAAAAAAUUCCAAACCCUGUUACAUUUAACUGGACUGUUCUAGUGAGAAAAACUGUGCAUCCACUGUUCUAAGCCCACUGCUUAUGAGCAUGAGGUAUAGCCUGUUUCUGCUAAUGUCCAUGUCUCUCUUGAUACAUUCUUCUCAUCAGUGUCCUAGUUCAAACCUUUGUUCUCAUGUAGCCACACUGUUUCAUGAAUCUAGUUCCUUUCAUUUCUUCCAGUUGCCAUCAAAGGACAGAUACAAUCCUGGCAUUCUCCUAAGGACCAUAGAUGGUUUCAGAGUGUACAUUUGAAAUACAGAAGCCACAUUCACAUACUUAUGUCCAAGACCCUACACAUUCUUUAUUUAUGAUUUUAUCAUAGUGAAGAUUCUUUUCCAAUGUCUAAUCUCUUCUUAUCCAUUUCUUCAUUUACAAAAAAUGUGAUUUUUUGAAGGAUCAAGUUAAAAUACUAUCUUCUUUAACCAUAAGAGAACUGUGUUUCUAAAUCACAUUGUAAAUUCUUUUCCUUAUGUUUGUGCAUGUAUAUGAGUGAGUAUAUGUGCAUGUGUUUUUCCUCCCUUAUACAGUGGUACUAAAUACAAAUUAAAAUGCUUACACUUGUAUGCAUAGGAAAUUAUGACCGUCAACAUAUUUUGAUGCACCAAGUUGUAUUGCCAAGGUCACAAUGGAAGAAAAGUUACUACAAACUAAGUUAUUUGAUCCCUAGCAUGCUGUAUUACUUUUCCUUGACAUAUUUUUAUUGUAGAGCUGAUUUAUUUAGAUUAUACAUUGGGUUUUAUCAGCAUAAAUAAAUUGAAUAAAUUGAAUACAUAGGAUAUCAAACAUUUUCACUCACCACUUAGUUCCAAUUGGUUAGAUUUUGCGUUGUUUUUUCUCUCUGAGGAUCUGGGGUGGCUGAUCCUUUUUGAUACUGUGGCUCAUAGCAACUAAAUUCUUCCCAUCUUCAGUGAUUUUAUGCCCAUUUGCCACCACACUGAAAUGUAACAAUAACUUUUUUGCAUCUUCACUACUGCAGGUACCUAGAAAACUCUCAAUGUUGGUUAUAUGAAUAAGUAAAUAAAUUCACUUAUGCAUUCGUUAUCUGAUUGAUAUUAGACUGAAGUUCUUACCCAAAGAAUUUUUUUCUUCAAUAUAAAUGAAACUCAUUGAUCCAUGUGAAUUUCAUUUAUGACAUCAUCUCAUAAUCAGCAUGUUGCAAGAUUGUAGUGAACCUAAUUUUUGCUAAAGAGAAAAGCUAUAGGGAAAGCAACUAAGAAUCACAUUUUGGGAAUUCAGUAAAUUACUUUUCUGAAUUUGCCAAAGUCAGUUUAUAAACUGGUCAAAGUAAAACCAUUCUUGACUCCAGAGGUAUUUUAAGAGUCCUGAAGGCAUGAAAGUGGCAACAAACCUACUCUAAGUUAAACUAGGAGAAUGUUCUGCAACAGGACACCAUAAGAAGACCAUCAAAUGAAAACCAGAAGAAAAUGAAAGGUUCAUUGUGAGCUCAAGAACAAAUGACCCUAUUCCUCUGUGAGCCUGACAUGUCUCGAGAAGAUAACACACAACCUGUGAGACUCUGCUUUUCUCUGACCUUCUAAGGAAUAGAACUUUCAGCUAUUACGACAGUAAAUAGCAUGUCAUUUUGUUUCUGAUUUCUUUUGGGGGGGGGGAGGCAGUUCUGUACUUUUCUCUGUAAUUUUUAUUUCCACUGGGCUUAGAUUUCAGUUGAAGGAUCCAAAUCUAAAACUAUGAGAUUAUGCUAAGAUUCUAGUAAGAUUCUCUCUGCCUUCUAUUAAGAUUCUCUCUGCUUUCCCCCUACUUCUUAUUCCAGAGGGACUUAAGUCACCUUUUUAUAAUAUUUAUUUUAAAGAAAUAAGAAUAUUACUCAUUUGUAUUUUAAAUUAAACAUGCGGCUGACCAGGGUUCACUCUACAGUACUCCAUAUAACUUCUGGGAGAGCCCUACCAGGAAUUAUUCCUGAGCAUAGAACCAGGAGUAAGCCCUGAUCGCAGCUGAAUAUGGCCCCUAAAUAAAAAAAUUGAAAUAAAAUAAAGAUAAUUGGUAUAAACUAACUAUUCAAGGAUAUCCCAGUAACUCAAUGAUUUAUAAUGUUAUUGUGAACUAUGAUUGAGGACAGUGGAUGUAAUGAUUUUGAGCACUAGCUUGGUAAUUCAAAAGACACAUAUUCAAAUUGCAGCUUUGUUUUCACUGCCCUGAUGACUGAAUAACCUUGCUAAAUCACAGAAGCCUCAGAUUUCACGCAUACAAAAUAGGGUCAUGGCCAGGGACUUUAUUCAAAGGGAUAGAGUGUGAGACCCUCAUUCUUUCCCUGGUACUGUAUGUCACCUGCCCCCAGUUCUAUUUA